UUGGUUUUGGGGUGGGUGGAACGUUGGAAGAGUAAGAGGGCUUUUUGGGUAUGUUCAAGAUUUUCUUCAUAUAUCACAGCAAAAACUUUAGCGUUUAGGGGCGGUUGGAACUGCCGCUAAAAAAAUUAUAUUUUUAUUUUAGCAUUUUCAAUUAACCGGGUAUGUUUGUUUUCCCUUCCAAGCAUAAUUUAGAAACCCUUUUCCCUUGGCUCGCAAACUCCACCGGAAAGCACCGUGAAACUCUCUCUCCGUCGCCAAUCGGUUGCAGCGUUGCGGUUUGCUUUGCCUGCAGCAGCAUCACCCUCCGUCGCCGAUCUUCUUGCAUGCAUUUCUCUCUCUCUCGCUCUCUUUUACUUUCCAAUUCGUAGUGUAGUAGUAGUUUCAUGUGUAUUGAUUUUUCUGAAUUGAGUUGAGGUAACUCGCUUUCUCUUGUCAGCCUCUCAAAUCUGUUUCUGCUAUGAGAUAUAUUCAUUUAAAUGCUUUUGUUCACUUGCCACCAAUUUCAAUCUGCAUUGAUGUUGAUGUUCUUCAAUUAUGAAUCCCUAUACUUGAAGAAUUAUACUAGGCUUCCCGCGAUUAGGGAAGAUCAAUUUAAUCUGUUUGUGACAUGCCAGUAUCAUUUGAGAACUAUAGCACUUAGUUAAUUUGUACUGUAGCAUGAUUUCAGCCAUUCAAUUCCCCUGGAAAUGAUCUAAUUCGAGCUUCAAGUUCAUUUACAUGCAAAAAUUGAAUGAAACAAAGAUAUAGACAGGCUCUAGGGAACAGAAAGAUAGUAUUGUGCUUAAUGUUUCUUGCUGAAUAAUUAGUUAGGUUUAGAUGUUUGAUUAUUGGUUUUAGUUGAAGAUUAUGCUUCAAGUUUGAAUUGGUCUAUAAUCGCCAAGCAAGGCUACUGCCAGCAUCUACAGAACCCGAUUCAGAUCAUGAUGGUGGAGCCUGAGUUGACAUCCCAAGGACUGUUAAGUAGCUCCUGCGGGAGGCAAUCUAUUAAGCGAAAAGUCCUUUUUUAUUGGAUUCGUGUUUUCGAGAUUAAUAAGUGGAUUUUGUUGCUGACUCAAAAUUCUAGUCUGUCUCAGACAACUUAGCAAGCUUUUUUUCCUUAGCUAUAUUGGCAGCAACUUUUGACCUUUGAAAUUUGAAUGACUUCAUUAAGCUUCUUCGCUUGCUAAUAUUGAAGCUCAAUUGUCUAGGCCUGGUGUAUGUGUAGAAUUUGACUAAAAUAAAUAACAAGAGUUGUCAUUUUCCUCUUAUUGUUAUUUCUUCUUGUAGUAUUUGAUGUGAGUUUAACUUCUUGAUGUUAUUUGUAAUCUUCUUAAUUCUAUUGUUGAUGAUAUAUCUAAUGCUUCUUUUAUACAAAGUAUGGCUGCGAAAGGUAAACAAAUACAAUCCACUUCAUCUUAUAUGGUGCCACAUCAGCCGUCACACGAUUCAUCCGAUCAUGAACCGUUCUUGGAUGAUGAGAUUGGGGAGCUACAGCUUGAUUCCUCAACUGGCGUUGAAGGUCAACCUGCUGAUAAACAUAUGGUUCAAGUGAGAAAUAAUGAAGGGGAGGUGAAAGAAAUCCUUAUGGAGGUUAGUGACAUUAACUACCUCCCACCUGGAGACAAGGUUGUAAUUCCUUUUGAUGGAAACCAACCAAGCACCAAAUGCCAAUUGGCUGUUGGGAGUUUUCUUGGGUCCAGUAGCCAUAAAUCACAGUUUCUUACCUAUUAGCUUUAAAUGUUGGCCUCAUGUACCGAAGGACUAUAUGGAUCGUGUUUGGGAUGAAAUCAUUAAGUCUAAGCUAUGGUGGGACCCAGUCCAUGAUGGUGCAGCUAGAGCCUAUGUGAUGAAAGACCUAGGGAAAAAAUGGACGGAACAUAGGCUCAGAUUAUAUAAUGAACAUUAUGACGUGACAAAGACAAGAGAUGAGAAUAUCCGGUUCCCCCCAAAAGGGAUUGCAGCAACACAGUGGGCUUCUUUUAUAGGUUAUAGAUUGGAGGAGAAAACUAAGGCAAUAUGUCAACAAAAUUCCAAGAAUAGAGCCAAACUUGCAAUGAAUCACACUAAUGGCUCUACAAAACUCAAGAGAAAGCGGGCAGAGAUAGAAAAAGUUGCUGAGAUUGAGAAACAUGGAACUGCUCCCAAGGAAAUCUCACGUGAUGACUCUCCUGAUCAAGUUUUUGUAAGAGAACAUCAAGGUGUGGGAGAUGGAUUUUUCCCGACACGAGUGUUUGGAUCUAAAUACCAUUGCUUUUGUGGUACUUCUUCGAGCUUCAAUAAUACGACUUUAGAAAGUCGUAUUGCACACCUAGAGAAUGAAAUCCAGGAACUAAAGACUAAGUCAAAAACAAGAGAUGAAAAUUUGAAGAAGAUGGAGAUGCUUCUUGUUCAACUACUUAUGAAUGCGUCAUUGCCCAUACCGUCUUUUCUCGCAACUAGCCUUGAUGAUGCUAAGACUUCUGAUGAUGAUGCUUCUACUUAGCUCGGCACUAGUCAACCAUAGUAAGAAUGGGAAUGUGUUAAUGUACUUCAUGUUUUUAAGUAGGUGACUAGCUUUUGAAAACUAUAAUUAGCUUAAUUUGGUCAACAUUUUGAAACUACAGCUGGGUUUGUUUAUUGGUAUUUUGUACUUUUCUACAUAUGGUAUGCAUUUUGAGAGUACAAUUGGAUCCCUUUGUUGGUAUUUUGUAACAAAAUUUGAAUGCAUUUAUGAGUACUAUGGGGCAUGAUCACACAUCGGACAUGGCUUUUGUUUAGAGAAUUUAGAGGUUUUGUUACCAGUACGAGGAAGAUUACAUUUUCUUGUUCUAUUUUCAUUAGUCCUUUAUGGUAAUUGAUUCUUUUCCCCCUACAACUCAAGGUAACUCCCUCUCUCAAAUCUUUUUAAUCCUUUACGAAAAAAUUUAAUUUAUUGAUAACGCACAACUUUCAAAAGGAAGUUGCAAGACUUGAAGGGGAGUUACGAAGCCUUGGACCUUCAUCACAUUCAUGUCUAUGGUCAUUGUUACAUGAAAAGUAGUUGAAAACUCAGCUGGUACAAAGUGCUUUCUUGGUCUUAACUUCCAUAUACUGGGGAUCUGAAUGCUGCAACAGAUACACUUGAUUGUGAUGGAAGCACUGAUGCUUCUCACCUUCACCUGGCUAUAAUAGGACUGAGCUAUCCUUGGAUAUCAGCAUGCAAUCUUCAUAUUUGUUAAAAAUGGGUGGUUUGACCGGUUUCUAGUUGCAACUACAUUCAUUCUUUGUGGAGUGUUCAUAAUACUUAAUAAUUCAAUGUCUGACACCUGUAUGGCGAUGGGAGAAUGGGAGGAGAAUCCACAAGCAGAAUCUACUCUUAGCAACAUCCUUCCAUGUGUUGAUAAGAGAAGCACAAACAACAUUUGAACAUAGCUUUUGCAGCCAUUGAAACCGGGAUAACAUGCUGCACACGCGGGGCUUUUCUUCCUAGUGUUUCCUCCAAGCACUCUCGAGUAUCUACCCUCCAUCCUUUGGCUUCAGUGUAAGAAAAAUAUAAGAAUAGAGUUGCUAUUUGAAUGAGAAGGGCAUGUUUGGUUUUCAGUUGAAAACUACAUUCGGUGGAUUGAAAUUCGAGAAUGCGCACUACAAGGCUUCGUAAUGCGUGAAGCGUGAAAGGUACCUCGGACCUCCGUUGGUGUUCAAUUGAGUUCAACUUAAAAUCAAACAUGCACAAGAUCUUUCCACUUGGAAAAUUCUGUUUUGCAGUAUAUUCUUACUUUAUGUUGCUUCUUCUAUGUGAGGUAUUGUGAUAUGAGUUGUGACACUAAAUUGAAGAACAGAAAAUGAGUGUUUAAAAUGAAGAUGUUUGUAAUGACAAA